UUCAACUUUUGUGAUAUCUAAUCUUUGCGAGCUUAGAGAAUCAAUAGACUACGCGGAGUUUGAAUAAAAAUGAAAGAGAAAACGUUUGGUGUCAUUUGGUCACUCUAACCUUCAGCAAGACAAAGAAUGAUCGAAAGCACCCUUACGAAACAACUCCAAUAAACAACUUUGUUGUGUUUUUGGAUGCGAAAUCUACGAUGGCCAUCCGAUUCUUCCGCGCCUUGUCGAGAAAAAAGUUAGUGUCCAACGACGAAGAGAGUAAAUUGGCGAGAGUCCUGACACUGCUCGAUCUAACCGGAUUGGGCAUAGGAAGCACGCUCGGACUUGGUGUGUACGUCCUGGCAGGAUCCGUUGCAAAAACCGUAGCCGGGCCAGCAGUUUGCAUUUCCUUCUUAAUCGCGGCUAUAGCAUCAGCAUUUGCAGGUUUAUGUUACGCGGAAUUUGCGGCGAGGGUACCGAAAGCGGGAUCGGCUUACGUAUACAGCUACGUUAGCGUUGGCGAAUUUGUGGCGUUUGUCAUCGGCUGGAAUCUGAUUCUGGAAUACGUCAUAGGAGGAGCGAGUUUAGCCAGAGGACUUUCCAGCUACAUCGACGCCCUUUCCAACAACACAAUGAAAAGCUUCUUCACCGCGACCCUUCCCAUGGACGUCGAAUUCUUAGCCGACUACCCGGAUUUCUUCUCCUUCAUCGUGAUGAUGAUAGUGACAGCGCUUUUAGCGGCGGGAGUAAAGAAAUCUAGCAUGCUGAAUAAUAUUCUGACAACCUUAAAUCUACUGACCGUUAUAACUGUUGUGGUAUCUGGAUCGAUUAAGGCUGACAGCGCAAAUUGGAAGAUUGCCAAGGAGGAGAUUCCACCGGACGUUCGCAAUGCGGGCGAGGGCGGUUUUGCGCCGUUCGGCGUCGCGGGAAUUAUGGCGGGUGCGGCCAAGUGUUUCUUCGGGUUCGUCGGGUUCGAUGCCAUCGCUACCACCGGAGAAGAGGCGAAAAGGCCGCAGCGAAAUAUACCGUUGGCAAUCGUUAUUUCUUUGAUUGUUAUUUUCUUGGCGUACUUUGGGGUAUCAGUGGUGCUGACCAUGAUGUGGCCGUACUACGAUCAGCAUGCGGAAGCUCCAUUCCCUUACGUCUUUGAACGUGUUGGUUGGCCGGUAAUUAAGUGGAUCGUUACGAUCGGCGCUGUUUUUGCAAUAUGCACCAGUCUGUUGGGGGCGAUGUUUCCUCUACCGCGCGUCUUAUACGCUAUGGCGAAUGACGGCCUUAUAUUCACCUUUUUAUCACGCGUGCAUCCAAAAACCAGAACACCUUUAAUUGCAACAGUAGUUUCCGGUAUUUUUGGCGGGGUCAUGGCGCUAGUUUUUGAUCUGCAGCAGCUGAUUGACAUGAUGUCCAUUGGAACAUUGAUGGCGUACACAAUUGUGGCAAUUUGUGUGCUAAUAUUGAGGUACGAGAACCCCCAAGAAGUCGAGAUUCCCAAGAGUGACAGUCAUCAUACAACUACUGGAAUAAUCAUCAAGCAAUUUGCGUUGAUCUUCAACCUAAAUGGAAACAAACACCCUAACUGUACCACAGCCACAUUCACCAAGGGAGCAAUAUGCGUCUUCAGUGUCAUAGCGUUGGCAGUGUGCUUCUUCAUCAAAUAUGCAGGAACCUUUGUCAAUGCGGAACAUCCUUAUUAUUUGACUGGAUUUAUUCUUCUUGCCAUAAUUCUUCUGAGUGUCGUCGUUGUUAUUGCCAGGCAGCCGACGUGCUCGAUAGAAAUUUCGUUUAAGGUCCCUUGGGUCCCUUUUAUCCCAUGCUUAAGUAUUUUCAUUAACUUAUACUUGAUGUGUGAGCUAGACGCGUACACGUGGCUGAGAUUCUUGAUUUGGAUUUGCAUUGGUUUCUUUAUCUAUUUCUUAUACGGCAUUAGCCACAGCAGACAGAAGGAAUGCAGUAUAGAUAACGAGCCACAAACAUCAGCAGCACCUGUUUUUGUUAUGAAAACAAAGCCCGAGGAACGCUUUUGAACCAACGCGUGGUACUUACUAUGUAAUGACGCUUAUUGGACAAUGUGAUUUUAUGUUUAAUGACACAUUUAUUUUAAUACCCUUAGAUGUAGGAAAAUAAAAUGGUUUCCUUAAUUAA